UGGAGGAAUGACAACAAAAGGGCAAGGAGCAGUGCCACCUGACUGUGGGCCCUCAGGUGUUCCCAACGGACAGUGGAUGAAAAUACCCAGACCUGAAUAUGGCACUUAUGCGGGAGCUGGAUCCUCACCACACACCAAAGGUUAUGGAGCAGGUGUUGCUGGUCCUAGUGGAUACAGCUCCAAAACAAAUGGGUUUGGAGCAGCUGCUGGAGGCUAUUCAAAUGGAGGAGCCACACCAAGCCAGGGUACAAGGGCUUAUGCUGGUACUGGACAGAACAAUGGAUUUGGAGCUGGUCUUGGUUAUCCAUAUGGAGGGAAACCUGGAUAUGGUCAGGGAUCUUAUCUUGGGGCUGGAUAUGGUGAUGCUGGAAAGUCUCAAUCAGGAAAUGUUGGUGGGGUACAGCCUGAUUAUGCAAGUCUUCAAGGCCAAGGUGUUCCUUCUGUUCAAGGCAAGUCUGGUAUGGCGUCUAAACCCAGCCCAUAUACUGGAGAAUUGCUGGUUCCUGGUGGAAUUGAUGGAAUAAACAGAUUUCAACCCCAAGCUGCAGGUUAUGGAAAAGUAGGCAGUGCAUACGGUGGAAUGGGUGGUUUGCCCCAAAACCCCAAAUUUGGAAUUGGUGGCUUGCAGUUUGGGGGCAAUCCUUCAGCUGCUAAUGGAGCUGGAAAAUAUGGUAGUGCCAGUGGUGGCUCAUAUGGACCAGCCACCAGAGGAAAGUCUGGAAAAUAUGGAUCAGCCAAUGGACAACAGCAUCUGAACCUCGGCAAUGCCGCUAACACACCUGGCAAAUAUGGCUAUGGCAGAAUGCCUUAUGAAAUCCAAACUGCUAGACAGAAUCCCAAAGUCAAAUCUACAAGCAAACAUGGCUCAGCCUAUCAGCCCGAAUCUGCAGCUAUGGGACAGAGUGGGAAGGCAACUGGACAAUAUGACAAUUUAGGUGGCAGCCAAAUACCAUAUACACCGCAAGCCUUUGGAGCUGGAGGUGUUGCAAAGUCUUCAGGGAAAUAUGGGGCCCAGAAUGGAUAUAAAUCUCAACACCUUGAGACAUCUACUGUCAGAUCUGAGGAAGCUAGUCUACCUUAUGACUCCUUACCGGUUGAAUCAGCUACGGGUGCUAAGUCCUACGUAAAAGGAGAAAGCCCAACCCCAGCUGCUGCAGUAGAAGGAGCCUCCGUGGACAGAUUUGAUAAUGUGGGCUACAUUAGUGGACAAGUGCAGCCAGAAGUAGUUGCGCUCCCUGCUGCUCCCACCUCUCAGCCCUCUGUGCCCUACCCCUCUGCUGUGUCCUACCUGCCUGUAGACGCUGCUGUCACUGCUUAUGGAGGGGCUAAAGACACUGUUGAUUCUGCUCCUGUCACAGAGUCCCAGGUUGCCUCUCAGGGACUGGAGCAAACUGAUGAUGUGCAGCAAAUGCCACAACAGAUUCACAUCCAACAGCAACUCAAACUGCAUUUCCACCCACAAGGGGGAAAUGAUGGCAAAUAUGAUCUGAAUGGCUUUUUUGGGAAUGCGAAUGGAAACAGUGGCUACAAAGGUUAACAUCUGAAAUGUCAUGUUCCUGAGUUUGUAAAAAAAAAAAAAUAUUGUUUGUGUUGAGCUUGUUUUGUAUAAAUCAAAAGUUUAAAACAUUUUAAGUCUGUUUUCAGAGUUCAAUGUAUAUUUCUAAAUUUCUAUUGUCUUGCACUUAAUGUUUCAGUGUACAUGGAAAAUAUUUGUUAAUUGUGGUCAAUUGUUUUAUACAACAGGUUCAAGUCUAAUUUAUUUUACAUGUGAGAUUUCAAAAUCCCCUGGCAUUCUGUGUAAUACUGUACAGUUUUAUUGAUACAAAUAAAUACCUCCCUAGUUCAGAACAACUAUUGCUCACUUAUUUCUGUUGCUUUUUGUGCAUUUGUUUUAUGCUCAAAAGUCAUGGAAAAUACAUGGAGUGUAGUUGUAAUUUUAAGAAAAUACAGUAUGCUUAAAACUUGACCAUGAAGUUAAGGGUUAGGGUCAGUUACAGCACGUCAUGACAUGUGCACGCGGCUGCUUGUGAGGAUUACCCAGCAUUAUCCCUGAGUGUAAGAGCCCCAUGCUGAUUGGCCCUUCUGAAAGCAUGCCACUUAGCCAGCUCAACAGAGGUGGUCUACUCUGAACUAUACCUGUCCAGGGAUGCCUCUA